AUGAAGUUCACUCUUGUCGCUUUCUCCUUGAUUGCUACCGCCAUUGCCGGGGUCCCAGUCCAGGACGGUGGCAAGGUUUGCAAAAGCGGACAGUCUGUGGUCUGCGCUGGAGGUAACGGUGGCCUCUUGACCUUGGGCAAUGUCGCAACCGGUGCCCUGGGAGAUAGCUGCUCUGGCGGUGAUGUCUACUGCUGCGAGGACAAGGACCUUGAGGGUGGUCUGCUGAAUGUGGACGUCAAUGCUCAGUGCAGUCUCAACCAUGUACUCUAA